UUCACCAAAGAGUCUUUAGCAGAGCAAGCGGGGAAUUGCAUGUAUUAAAGAUAGUUAAAUCGCCAGCCUCAUUUCCAUGUUAUCUUAAGUAAGCUAGAAAAGGCAUGUUAUAAUAUAGGCUAGGAAGAAAAAUAAAAACCAUACUCAACUCUGGAUCCAAGUACUUAGUUCCUACAGAUGUCAAUUAGAGUUUGACAUGCAGAUCUAGGGUAUUACAUGGUCCUGAGAGUAGGAGGGAGGGUUUAAGUGAGUUCUGGACACUAAUGAAACUUGCAUCAUACAUUAGCAUGCUACAUCCCUUUAUAAUAAUGCUUAUCUUUUAUACAGCACUUUUCAUACUUAGUGUUUUACCAGUCUGGAUAAAUAUCAUUAUCCUCAUUUCAGAUGGGAAACUGGAGCAUGGAUAAGUGAAGUGAUUCGCCCAGGCCUGGUCUACACUACGAGUUUAGGUCAAAUUUAGCAGCGUUAAAUCGAAUUAAGCCUGGACAUGUUCACACGGCUAAGUCCCUUUUUUCGACUUAAAGGGCCCUUUAAACCAGUUUCUUUACUCCACCUACGAUGAGGGGAUUAGCGAUAAAAUCGGCCUUAGCAGGUCGGAAUUGGGGUAGUGUGAACGGAAUUCGACGUUAUUGGCCUCCGGGAGCUAUCCCACAGUGCUUCAUUGUGACCGCUCUGGACAGCACUCUCAACUCAGAUGCACUGACCAGGUAGACAGGAAAAGCUCCGCGAACUUUUGAAUUUCAUUUCCUGUUUGCCCAGCGUGGAGAGCACAGGUGACCACGCGGAGCUAAUCAGCACAGGUAACCGUGAUGGAGUCCCAGGAUCGCGAAAGAGCUCCAUCAUGGACCGAAUGGGAGGUACGGGAUCUGCUCGCCAUAUGGGGAGAUGAAUCAGUGCUAGCUGAACUCUGUAGCAGUAAACGAAAUGGCAAAAUAUUAGAAAAGGUCUCCAAGGCCAUGAAGGACAGAGGCCAUAACAGGGACGCACAGCAGUGCCGCGUGAAAAUUAAGGAGCUAAGGCAAGCAUACCACAAAGCCAGAGAGGCAAACGUAAGGUCCGGGGCAGAGCCGCAAACAUGCCGCUUGUACGCGGAGCUGCAUGCCAUGCUAGGGGGUGCAGCCACCACUACUCCAAACGCGUGCUUUGACUCCAUCAGUGGAGAAUCACGCAACAGGGAAGCAAGUUCGGGGUACGAGGAAGAUGAGGAUGAAGACAAUGAAGAUAUCUCACAGGAAGGAAGUGGAGAAACAGGUUUCCCCAACAGCCAGGAUAUGUUUAUCACCCUGGACCUGGAACCAGUAACCCCCGAACUCACCCAAGGUGUGCUCCCAGACCCUGAGGGCACACAAGGGACCUCUGCUGCAAAUGUUUCUCCUUCGCAGAGGCUAGCGAAGAUUAGAAGGAGAAAACAGCGGACUUGGGAUGAUAUGUUCUCGGAGCUCCAGAUGUCCUCCCACGCUGAAAGAGCACAGCAGAAUGCGUGGAGGCAGUCAAUGACUGACUACAGAAAAGCUCCGGCUGCUGGAGCAUCAAACUGAUAUGCUCCAGCGUAUGGUUGAGCUGCAGGAAAGGCAGCAGGAGCAGAGACCGCUGCUACAGCCCCUGUGUAACCAACAGCCCUCCUCCCCAAGUCCCAUUGCCUCCUCACCCAGAUGCCCAAGAACACGGUGGGGGGGCCUCCGGCCACCCAGUCACCCCACCCCAGAUGAUUGCCCGAGCAUGGAAAGGCUGGCCUUCAAUAAGUGCUAAAGUUUUAAAGUUUUAAACUGCAGUGUGUCCUUUUCCUUCCCUUCUCCCCCACCCCUCCCGGGCUACCUUGGCAAUUAUCCCCCUAGUUGUGUGAUGAAUUAAUAAAGAUUGCAUGAA